GGAUGACCGAACCUCUGUUGUACGUGCAGAGAGCUGCUGUCACCGUGGAGGACUGAAGCGAGAGCACAGCCUUGUUGCGAGGCACGUUCCCGGACCUUCAGGACACAUUGGAGAACCAGGACCGACUCAGUCUGAAGCUGAAGGAGAUUUAAGCUGCUGCAGCUGCUCUGUGUUCACCUUUAACUGUAGCUGUGAGACCCGAGAGGACCUGGCUACCUACAGGCUGUCAAGUUCGAGUCUUUAAAGCAGACACCAUGGAGGAUGACCUGAUGUUCAGCAUGGAGGAGGAGAGCAGCGCCAAGAGGCCCCCUGUCCAACGCAGCGCCUUCAACCAGCGGGCCUCCUCCCUCAGCGAUGCCAACGCCACCGACGAGGACGAGGACGAGGACCACGUCAUCUGCCCCAUCCUGGACGACUCCUUAAAAGAAAUCUGUCACUACCUGAAGAAUCUGGCUCACGAGCGGCAGCUGUCGAACUCACUUCCCAAGACCAACUUUAUGUUCAAGAGCGAAACAGAAACUGUGGCACAACCUCGAUCAUACAAGGUUUUGUCUGAGAGCGCACGGGAGACAUGGAAACAUGCCAUCGAAAAGGCCAAAGCCAUGCCCGACCCGUGGGCACAGUUUCACCUGGAGGACAUCGAGACUGAACCCUGCAUUCGUUACAGGUACAAUGCCAUCACAGGAGACUGGGCUGAAGACCAGAUCUACAUCAAGAUGGGUGCCCAGCCGUUUGGGAAAGGGGCCAUGAGGGAGUGCUUCAGAACGAAGAAGUUGUCCAAUUUCUCGCACAGCAGCAACUGGAAGUCAGCGAGUAAUUAUGUGAGCAAGCGUUACAUGGAGACGGUGGACAGAAGUGUUUACUUUGAGGACGUCAGGCUGCAAAUGGAAGCCAAGCUCUGGGGAGAGGAGUACAACCGCCACCGACCUCCCAAACAGGUGGACAUCAUGCAGAUGUGUGUGAUAGAGAUGACAGAACGACCAGGUAAACCUCUCUUCCACCUGGAGCAUUACAUCGAGGGCAAAUACAUCAAAUACAACUCCAACUCUGGCUUUGUGAAGGACAGCAACAUCCGACUCACUCCGCAGGCCUUUAGUCACUUUACGUUUGAGCGUUCGGGCCACCAGCUGAUCGUGGUGGACAUCCAAGGAGUGGGAGAUCUCUACACUGACCCUCAGAUCCACACAGAGCAGGGGACUGACUUUGGAGACGGAAAUCUCGGUGUGCGAGGCAUGGCACUGUUCUUCCACUCCCACCUGUGUAACAAGAUCUGCAAGAGUAUGGGCUUGACACCUUUUGACCUUUCCCCUGCGGAGAGGUCCCAGCUGGAUUGCACCAACAAACUUCUUAAGUCAGCCAAGACAGUGCUGAGGGGCUGCGAGGAGGCCUGCUCUCCUCGCGUUCGCACUAUGUCAUGGGGCCGGGCACCUCCACUGUUAUCCCGCCUGUCGGAGACGUCCUCUGUGGACGAGAACAUGAGUGACUCGGAGUCUAUCCCCUGCUCCCCUCUCACAAUGCCCUGCUCCCCGCUAGCUUUAUCUGGAUCUGUGGGAAAGUCCUCCAUGGGCUCAUCUUUCACUGGGAUGUACGAACAUGAGAGACUCAACAACCACAACACAGGUGAACACAAGGAAUCUGACAGCGGCGGGGACAGUGGCUACCCCAGCGAGAGGAGGAGUGAAGGCGACCCAAGUGACCACGUAGACGGGGCCCAUCACCGCAACCAAAGACAUUACUCUGAGUCGGAUGAGGACAGUGUCAGACGGAGGAAGAUGGUAGCUCCUCCAAGAGUCUCUGCAAACUUAGAUUGUAUCAAAGCUGACAACGACGGGAUGACGGAGGAGAGUUGGAGCUUCUUCCAUUCGUCUCGUGCUCACGUCCACCGAUCCUCCUGUGUGGCCACUGAGGUGGAGCGGAUCAACACCCUGCUGCAGAAGAAGAUUGGCCAGUCGAUUCUCGGAAAGGUCCACCUGGCGAUGGUGCGCUACCACGAGGCAGGUCGAUUCUGUGAGAGGGACGAGCAGUGGGAUCAGGACUCAGCCAUGCUGCACCUGGAGAGAGCCGCUCUGUGCGGAGAGCUGGAGGCCAUCAUAGCCUUGGGACAGUGUUGUAUGCAGCUGCCUCAUCACAUACUGCCUGACGUAGAGCUGGAGGAUAACGCAGGAAACAGGAUGAAAGGGUUCAAGUAUCUGCUGCUGGCUGCUGAGGCUGGUGACAGAUCUUCUAUGAUCACAGUGGCCAGAGCCUUUGAUACUGGGAUCAAUCUGUCAGCUGACAGGAAGCAGGACUGGGAGGAGGCGAUUCAUUGGUAUGACAGUGCAUUGAACAUGACCGACUAUGACGAGGGGGGAGAGUUCGAUGGGACGCAGGACGAGCCUCGCUACCUGCUGCUGGCCAGAGAGGCAGAGAUGUUCCAAGAGGGAGGACACAACCUCAAAGCAGACCCACAGAGAGCAGGCGAUCUGUUUACAGAGGCAGCAGAAGCUGCUAUGGAGGCCAUGAAAGGUCGACUGGCCAACCAGUACUACAUGAAAGCUGAGGAAGCCUGGGCGCUAAUGGAGGAAUAAUUCUGGACAUUUUUAUUAUAAAUCAAAAGCCACGGGAGUUCAUGUGUCUGACUGAUAUAGCCAGGCCAGUUUACAUAUUUUUUUAUUACAGGUUUUUUGCCAAUGGUGCUGUGUGUGCAUGUGUGUGUCUCUCCUCUUUAAUUUCCUGUCUCUGACCCACUUUUUGACAAAGUCAAUGUGGUUGUAUGAAAGAGAAAGCCUGACCUAUCAAAACUAAGAAAAUGGUUUACUUUCUUUGCCCUCAAAGUUAUGUUGGAGGAAUGUAUGUAUAAAAAAAUGGUUGAAGUAUGAAGCUAUUAAAUAAAGUUUGCUUUUUAUCGGUAAA